UCGUGAUGCGCAGAAGCCGGAAGUAGCGGAGCUCGUUUAUUUUUCUGCGUUUUUGUUUUUCCCUAAACAGAAAAAAAAAGCGUCAAAAGCGCAAACAUGAACAGCGACAAAUACCCGCGCUCCUCCAUCGAGGAUGACUUUAACUACGGCACCAACGUGGCCACGGCCUCGGUGCAGAUCCGGAUGGAUUUCCUGCGUAAAGUUUACAGCCUCCUGAGUCUGCAGCUCGUCCUCACCACAGCCACGUCGGCCCUGUUCAUGUUCUGCCAACCGCUCAAGGAGUUCGUCCACAGCAGCCCCGCCCUGGUCCUGGCCUCGGCUCUCGGGUCUCUGGUUCUGCUCCUGGCUCUGUUCGUCUACAGACACCAGCACCCGGUCAACCUGUACCUGCUGCUCACCUUUACGCUGUUAGAGGCCGUUUCCGUCGCUACGACCGUGACGUUCUACGAUUACUGGACGGUGCUGCAGGCUCUGGUCCUGACCUGCGCCGUGUUCGCCGGACUCACCGUCUUCACCUGCCAAACCAAGAGAGACUUCAGCAAACUGGGAGCAACCCUGUUCUCCGGCCUCCUCAUCCUCAUCGUGGCCAGUUUCUUCGGGUUGUUCUUCCAGUCGGACGUGUCGGAGUUGCUGUUCUCCGGCGCUGGCGCGUUCCUCUUCUGUGGAUUCAUCGUUUACGACACGUUUUUACUGAUGAAGCAGCUGUCGCCCGAGGAGCACAUCCUGGCCUCCAUCAACCUGUACCUGGACAUCAUCAACCUGUUCCUCCACCUGCUGCGCCUCCUCGACGCCCUCAAGAAGCACUGAGAACCUCCUCAAACAUCUCCUCAAACGCCUCCUGAUAGACCUCCUCAAACAUCUCAAAAAUCUCCCCCGGAAGCCCCAAAAACCUCCUCAAACACCUCCUGAUAGACCUCCUCAAACAUCUCCUCAAACGCCUCCUGAUAGACCUCCUCAAAAACCUCCUCAAACACCUCCUGAUAGACCUCCCCAAAAACCUCCUCAAACACCUCCUGAAACAUCUCCCC